GGAACCGCAAGAAGCAGGGAAGAGGGUGGGGCUCCUCCUCCGUCGCGCUCCUUCCCCUCGAGGCUCCCUGACACUCCGCAUACGUACAUAGCCCCCUGCACGGUUGCUUUUCCGUGUGCAGAACCACACACGGACAUCCACAGCCAGAUAGCGCACUCACGAUGACAGAGCAGCCGGCGAGCAUGUGGGUCUCCGCGCUCUGGGGGUCGAUCUACGCCGCCGGCAUCAUCGGAUGCCUGCUCGUGUACGGGCUCCUUCAGGAGCGCAUCAUGUCGGAGCCCUACGGCGAGGCUGGGGACAUCUUCAAGGUCUCCGUGUUCCUUGUGCUGUGCAACCGUCUCGUGGCCGUCUGCUUCGCUUCGGGAAUGAUGUUCGGCAAGGGGGAGGCGGUGAAGAACAUGGCGCCGCUUUGGAAGUACUGCGCGAUCUCUCUGUCCAACGUCGGUGCGACAUGGUGCCAGUAUGAGGCUCUCAAGUACGUGUCCUUCCCCGUGCAGAUGCUGGGAAAGAGUUUCAAGAUGAUGCCCGUGAUGAUCUGGGGCAUCAUCAUCUCGCAGAAGAGCUACGGCUGGAGGGAUUGGGCCGUCGCCGCGGCCGUCACUGGCGGCGUGACCGAAUUCCUCAUGACGGGAAGCAUCAAGGCCAAGCACUCGUCUGGCACGAGUGCGCAUGGCCUGCUCCUGCUCCUGCUCUUCCUGGGCCUCGACGGCUUCACCUCGACCUUCCAGGAGAAGCUGUUCAAGCAACACAGCACCACGAAGUACAACCAAAUGUUCUACGUCAAUAGCUUCUCCUGCAUCGUCUCUUUCAUCACGCUGAUGGCCUCGCAGAAGGCCGGCGAGGCCUUCCGUUUCUGCGGCGCGCACCCGGCGAUCAUGCGCGACGCCCUCACGCUGAGUGCCGCGGCCGUGGGCGGCCAGUGGUUCAUCUACUCCCAGGUGAAGGAGUUCGGCGCCCUGGUGUUCGCGGCCACCAUGAACCUGCGGCAGGUGAUCUCCAUCUUGGUGUCGUACGCCACGUACCACCACAGCCUCAACGGGCUCCAGGCCAUCGGGCUGCUGCUCGUCUUCGGCGGCCUCUUCUACAAGAGCUACUGCGGAAUCGCGGCCGCCAAGCCAGACAAGAAGGAGACGGAGCCGCUGCUCCCCCACAAGCAGGACGUGGAGGCCCCCGCCGCUGUCAAGGCGUGAGGGCAGGAGGCGAUCUGGGCGAUCGCGCUCUACGUCGUGCUCGGACACUGGGACACCCUCAUCGGUUACCAUGAGUGUCUACUGCUCGUCCACGCCCUUCAUCCUGUGAUCUGGCUGGGCGCGCUUUGUGCGGCAUCUAGCUGCCUGCGGCAAGCCUCGCCGCCGUGCCUGUGGAACAUCGCAGUAGGAAGGAGGCUGAGUGUAGGAACAGCGCAAUUCGGAUUUCGUCCGCGCGGUAGGGGACACGGUGGUGGAUCCUGUCCUUGCUCACGCUUUCGGCCUUGCUUUUGUGCCAACUGGGGCGCGAGCUGACAUGUUGUCUCUAGUUUUUCCCUACGCUCCUCCUCCUCCUCCACAUUUCUUCCUGCUUGUGGUCUUGCACUUCCUCCGCAUCGUUCUCUCGUUUGCUCCGCAUGCGGACCUCUCCCUCCUCCUGCUAUCUGCGAUGGCGGCGGUUCUCUCCGUGGAUUGGCGCCAUCGGUUGGCCUCACCCCUGGCCAACGCCAGGGGUGCGGGAGCAAGCGCCAAUCAGGUGAUGAUAGUACGAGCCGUAGAACUCUCACCAAUGAGGAUCAGGUUAGCAAGGCUAAUGAUCGCAGCAGCGGCAAUGACGUGCAGAAGCGCGCCAAUAUCACGAGUAUGAGUAAUGACAACAUUGAGGGAACAGCGAG